AUGGUUGGCGACCUCUCCCUCCUCGCCUCCGCCUCCGCCUCCCCCGUCAUCCUCGCGCCCUCCAAGGAGCUCCAUGGCGUCCUGCCGUUCCAGGGGAAGAGGUCCCAGCAGGACGCGGGGAGAAGCGCCGCCGUGCAGCUCUCCCCGCAGCAGCACCUCCUCGAGGGCGCCUACCAGGCGCAGCAGCCCCUGCAGAUGAUGGUCCCCGGGAUCGGCCAGGCUGCCGCCGCUGCCUACCAGACCUUCGACAGCGCCGCGCUCAUCGACGUGCAAGAUUCCCACCCCGAUUCGGUUCGACUUAGCCUUGGGAUUGCUGAGCAGUGUGCAAGGCAAGAGAAAAUCCUAAAGUUUCUAAUGUCAGGUUCUGAUGUCAAAGAACUUGAUGCCUCUUUGCUUACUGAAUUUACGGGACAUCAGAUGCUAUCAGCUAAUAUGGGUGGUCAACCAUAUUUCUCUGAUGAUAAGUUAUCUGUCUAUGAGUUUGGAUUGGAGGAGCCUCUGCAGUAUCUAGCAAAAAAUCAACUUAUCAUCCCUGAUGACAAGUUAUCCAUCUAUGAGUUUGGAUUGGAGGAGCCUCUGCAGUAUCUAUCAGAAAAUCAACUUAUCAUCCCUGAUCCACUUUUGGAAUUUGCUCAGUCCCAAGGUGCCCUUGCUAUAGAUGAAAAUGGCCGGGUCAUCUUCACUGGCAGUGGAGACGAGAUGAGAGACUUACUUUCGGUUUUCUUAGAGUUCAAUGUACCUAAACGAGAAGCAAGUGGUUGCAAGGCUGCAUAUUUAGUUCCAUACUUCGACAGGAAAAGGGGCCGAAAUAGUAGUCAAUCCAAUUCAAAAUCAGCAAGCACCGCAGUUGAUGCUCCAAAAAGCAAUGCAAAUGUGAAAGCAAAAUCUCCAUCGAAGAAGAAACAGAAAGGAAAAACCAUCAAUGAACGUGACAUGUAUCAGAACAAUUAUUUCCAUGCCAGCGAAGCUUUUUUCUCAAUCCUUUUGGACAAGGACAGAAGCAGCUCGACAAUUCUCUCACUGAAGAAAGCAGGCCCUGAGAUCACUGAACUGUUGACACAGUGCUCAAUUGGCAUUGCUGGAACUGGCCUGGCUGUUCUUCUGUCGGUCGUGUGCAAGGUUGCUAUCGGCGGGAGGACUCCUUUUGCCGCCACCCGUCUUCUGCACACAGGCGUUGGGUUUGGGCUCUUCUGGCUCUCCCAUGCGGUAAAUGGAUUGCGGGACACAAUCACCAGUGUAUUCAGAGGCCCGGUUGACACAAAGUUGGAGGAUGAGGUUGCCGUGAAGAUACAAAGAAGCAUGAACGAUAUUCUCUUCAGGGCCGUAAGUCUCCUGGCAAUCACUGCUUUGAGGUUUGCAUGA